AUGAACACAUAUGAUGAUGAAGACAAUAUAAGCAAGCCAGCCUUAUCAAUGGAAGGGGUUGAUCCUGAAGUUUUGAAAUAUUUUUUAGACGUAAAGCACGAAGCGCAAUCGUUGUCACUUCUAUAUCAUGAAACAGAGUCCAACACUGAAAAUACUAGUAUCGAAGAUAAGGAGGAUUCAGAAAUAGAAAUAUCUCACAAUCGAGAUUACAGUCUAUACGAUAAAUUCAUAGCAUUAAAAGAGAAACUUAAAACGCAUGUAGUAGAUCCAUCGUCACUCAAUAAACAAUACAACUUAAAAUGGAAAACAUCAUUUCAAAAUCCACCUCCAGAUAUCGAUUAUUUUAUCUUUGCACUAGAUAGAAAGAUAUGCUUUGAGAUUUUGAUCUUCUUGACGAAAUGGAUAACUUUAUCAACAACAGUUAAUACGAGUUUAUGGAUUUGGAAGAUCUUUUUAAAAUUGGAUAAUUUAUUGGAAGCUAAUGAAUGUUCAAUUUUGAGAGAUUUAGCCAAUACUGCUAUUCUGAGGAAACAACAAAUGAAAGAAGCAGGAAAAUCUGCAAAUUCAACCUCUAAAUUCACUUACUAUAUGGUUAUAAUAAUAGUUGGUAAAUAUUAUGGACAGACCGAUCUACUAGAUAGUUUAUCGUAA